CUGUGUUGGAAAACUCUAGUUUGUCUUACUAAAAUGUAGUCGAAUAACUAAUAGUUCUAACAAUUCUAUUAAAUAUAGUUAAAAACUAACUACUCUGUUGAAAUUUCGCUUGCUCCAGGGUAUAGUCUCAGGUAUCCUUAUUUGGGAAGGAAUGCUGAAAACUCUUACUGAGCCAGAAGAAAUCUUAUCUAUGUUAACAGGACAUAGAGUUGGUAUCUUUUCUAAUGCAAGCAGUAAACUUGCAAAGAGAUAACAGUUUGCAUAAAAAUGUAAAGAAUGCUGAAAAUGUUGCAAGACCUGAUGUGACAAUCACCGAAAUGAAUAUGUAGGUUGCAUCCCUUUUGAAUAUGUAACAGAUUGAGCAACACUUUAAGGAUAAAUGGCGAACGCGAUGUGACGGUCUUUGAACCAGAUUUGGGUGCGUACCCCUGGUUCCCGGGGCCUCGAAAUAAAGCACCGCAUAUAACCUUCUUCGUAUGGUUAUGUGUUUGUCUUUACGCUAACAGUUUUGGCGACCCAGAUGGGACCUCGCGGGCAUUGCUGAGGCGGCUCGCAUCGAUCCCGCUCCGGCCGGCACCGAGUGAUUCUCGGGGAGCCAUCGACCGCAACCGACCUCUGCUGCCCCCGACGGACCGAGGAUUAUAUUGGCACCCACCGGAAGAAUAGAAAUGUGAGAUAUCAUCCAGAACAAAAUGCCAUUCUGUCUUGCACGGUUUGAAAUCAGAAAGUGGAAGUAACAUCGGGAAAAGGAAUCCAAUUCGACAUUAACAAAGGAUUGGAAAAGAUAAUAGUAUCCCAUAGAAAAAGGCGAGAUAUAGAGCCCACUCCAACACCACAGGUAAUACACCUCCCCUCAAGGGACCCCGAGGAAAACCUAAUAAUAGGCUUAAUUAAGGAUUUUGCAGGAAUACAGAAUACCAGUAAAAUUACUGCUUGCCUUCCAGUUCCUAAGGCAGCGGGGGAACCUAUAAACUGGGGAAUAAUAACUUUCCCUCUCCCGACAUCACAGGGAAAUAAGACUGAGUGCAAACAAAUAACCAUAGAAAAGGAACGGCAGGUCAGGGUAAAAGGGGAAUGGCUGCCAGAACAGAUUUGUAACCAGCUCGCAAACUCCACCUUCAUUACUAAGAAUUCAGGAGGAGAAUUUGGGGUAUGUAUGUAUGAUAGAAUUAUCACAAAAACAGAGACACAAUGGGAAUGCCAAGAAAGACAAAAACAAUUAGAAUGGGAAACCAUUUGGUCAACUAAUAUCUUGCAAAAAUUCCACUAUGGUGGUAACACUUCGUGGUGUAUCAAAUGGGAGGGAAAGCAGGACGCAACAAUUCCAACCGAAACCCUUUUGGCCAAUAAUGGAGUUAGUCGAGAAGUGAUACAAAACGUACCUUGGUGGAAUUGUUCUGAAAUAUGGGACUGUGAUUCAAACCCAGAUGAAAUAACAAUACCCCCCGUAAGAGUGGCUUUAAAGGCUGGGUGCGCCUGCCGGGGAUACAAAAGUGGAGGACAGAUGAUCCCCUAUCAUAAACCAGAUUGUAAGUAUUCAACUAUUAAGAGUAUGGGAAAUUUUGUAUGGGCCAAUAGUGAUGGAACGUGGACUACCCAUUUACCAGUUACGGGGAAGGUUAAAGAAAUCACAUUAGGCUUACCCACCUUAUGCCCAAUUUGGAAACGUUCCCCUUUUAAAGGGAAACUGGAAACUCUACAAAUCAACAGAAUCAAAAGAGAUAUAAAGGAAGAUGAUACAUGGCAGAAGCCCUCUACAGGAGUGAAGGUAGGAUGGGCCCUUGAAUCUCUCUUUGCUGCUCCAGUAGCUACUUACCGAAAUAGAGACAUGAUUUACAAAUUAAUAGGGCAGACUGAAAGGUUAGCUAGAGUUACUAAAAAGGGGUUCAGAGAUUUGAAUAUGCAGCUCAAAGCAACGACAAAAAUGACUUUGCAGAACAGAAGGGCAUUAGAUAUCUUAUUAUUGAAGGAACAUGGCGUUUGCGGAUAUUUAAAGGAUCGAGUUGAUCACUGCUGUGUGCAUAUACCGAAUGUAACCAUGGAUAUAGAAUAUGACAUAUCUCAACUCAAGAGAAUUGAACAAGAAGCUGAAGAAGAAAGAAAAGAGAUCGGCCAUAAUUGGAUAGGAGAAUUAUUUAAUGGAUUGGGGAUUCAUUUAGGCGGGUGGCUACAAUCGCUUUUAGAAACUAUUUGCACACUCUUGUUAGUAUUCCUGGUCAUCUACCUAGUAUACUUGUGUAUCCGUCAAGAAAUCACCUGUAACACUAGCUGGACGCAUAAGAUUAUAGGAGCAGUAACCCGGGAAUACCCACGACGCCUGACCCCGCCACCGAAGUACUACGAGACUACGAGAAUGGAGAACUAAGGUGAAAAACUGAAAAAUGGAAAUACCUUCUUAAUGAAAGAAAGUAUUUCCAAAGGGGGGAAAUGUUGGAAAACUCUAGUUUGUCUUACUAAAAUGUAGUCGAAUAACUAAUAGUUCUAACAAUUCUAUUAAAUAUAGUUAAAAACUAACUACUCUGUUGAAAUUUCGCUUGCUCCAGGGUAUAGUCUCAGGUAUCCUUAUUUGGGAAGGAAUGCUGAAAACUCUUACUGAGCCAGAAGAAAUCUUAUCUAUGUUAACAGGACAUAGAGUUGGUAUCUUUUCUAAUGCAAGCAGUAAACUUGCAAAGAGAUAACAGUUUGCAUAAAAAUGUAAAGAAUGCUGAAAAUGUUGCAAGACCUGAUGUGACAAUCACCGAAAUGAAUAUGUAGGUUGCAUCCCUUUUGAAUAUGUAACAGAUUGAGCAACACUUUAAGGAUAAAUGGCGAACGCGAUGUGACGGUCUUUGAACCAGAUUUGGGUGCGUACCCCUGGUUCCCGGGGCCUCGAAAUAAAGCACCGCAUAUAACCUUCUUCGUAUGGUUAUGUGUUUGUCUUUACG